GCUCCUCUCACUUCACCUCUGCUCGCCCGUGUCUCCGUCUUCUUGAAUACUAGACGACAGCCUUCAUGGAUGGGGAUGCGAAUGGCACUGCUCCUCCGGAGCUCUCCGAAGACUGGAAUAUGGCCUCGGCAGACGCUCCCACCGAGCCCUCUGAGCCACGGGAGUCCUUGCCUCCGGCUCCGGACAACCUCACUGUGGGAUAUGUUUAUGAGCCUCAGAUGAUGUUGCACUCAGAUGAGAACACGAGCUCUGCUGGAGACCAUCCAGAGCAACCAGCACGGAUUCGCUACAUAUAUGACCUGUUCCAUCAGCACAAAUGUCUUGUUCGGAUGCGAAAGCUGAAGAUCAGGAAGGCAGAGAAGGAAGAGGUACUUCUUGUACACAGCGAAGCGCUUUGGGAACAUGUUAUGCAGCUCAGGGACAUGUCACCCGAGGAAUUCACCCUCUCUGAGUCGUUUUACGAGGCCGAUUCUCUUUAUGUUCACCCAAUGACACCACUCAGCGCUCGCCUCAGUUGUGGUGGUGUCAUUGAGGCGACACUGGCCGUCGCGCGUGGCGAACUGCUCAAAACAUUCGCCAUUGUUCGACCACCUGGACAUCACGCGGAGCCCAACAGGCCUAUGGGGUUCUGCUUCUUCAAUAACGUUUCUGUCGCGAUCAAAGUCAUGCAAAAUCUCACUCCGAUCAAGAAGGUACUCAUUUUAGACUGGGACGUCCACCAUGGUAAUGGAACACAAAAGGCAUUCAACGAAGAUCCCAACGUACUCUACAUAUCAUUACACCGAUACGAAGGCGGGCGUUUCUACCCAUCGGGCCCGUUUGGCAGCAUGGUUUCGUCUGGAGAAGGUCCAGGACUCGGAUUCUCCGUGAAUAUCCCAUGGCCUGAAAAAGGUACAGGGGACGCAGACUACAUCCACGCUUUUCAACGGAUCGUGAUGCCCAUAGCUAUCGAAUUCAGUCCAGAGAUGGUCAUCAUUUCUGCUGGCUUCGACGCCGCAGAAGGCGAUCAUCUCGGAGAGUGCAAGGUCACACCAGCGGGCUAUGCGCACAUGACGCACAUGCUCUCUGGCUUAGCAGGCGGUCGCGUCGUUGUUGCGUUGGAGGGCGGGUACAAUCUCGAGGCUACUUCAACAUCCGCGUUGUCUGUAGGACGAACGUUGCUUGGCGAAGCGCCACCGGAACUGGGACCCCUCGUCGCAUCGGAGGCUGCCUCUGAGACUGUAUGGCAGGUCGCGGUACAUCAGAGUAAGUAUUGGCAUAAUUUGGAUCCAAAAGCUUGUGAGCCGAAGGAUGAAUUCGAAGACAACACCUUCUCCAUUCCCGAGAUAUUGAAGGAGCACAGACAAGCCUACAUGUAUCAGAAGCAUAAUAUGCUCGAGGUCCCUUUCCUCUACGAAGAGCAGCAAGAUCGGUUCUCUCAGCAGAUUAUGUGCACGAAAGAAAUUUUCGACAAGGAUGUGCUAGUUAUCUUCACCCAUGGGUUUGGAGAUCUUCGCGUAGAAAUCGCCAACACACUCGAAUGCAAUGUACACAUGGAACACUCCUACUUAAUUGAUGCCUCAAGAAAGUUGGUCGAAUGGAUAACCAAUGAAAAAUACGCCCUUCUCGACAUCAACAUUCUUCCCAGACCGGUACCAGCCAACCGAGCGUACGAGAAACGCAAACCGGAAGAGUACACGAGGGAUCUGAUGACAUAUCUAUGGGACAACUACGUCGUGAUCACAAACGCCAAACAUAUUGUUUUGAUCGGACAUGGACCGGGAGUAUUGGCGUUGAGAGAACUCAUGGAUGCGCGAAUGGCUGCCAUCAUGCGGAAAGUAUUCCUGGUGGUCCAAGUCGUGGGCCAUGCCGACGUACCACUUCUACCCAAAAAAGACCCUGACGCUAUCAAGUGGUACCAUAAGAAUUCUCUCGUCAUCAUACCAUCUAGGCAUUACCUCAGGGCGAAGGGUAACCCACAAGAGGUCGUUUGGAGAAAGCGACAUGGAGCAAUCUGUGAAAUCGAUGAGGAGAAAGCGAUCAAACUCCUUACGAAGGCUCUGCCAGUCAUUCGGCAGACCGUCCGUAAUGCGGUUGGCCAGCAAGGAUGAAGACGGGAGAGCGGGGAGCUGGUGUGUUGAGGUGUCGAACGUAGAGGUUUUGGCAGGGUUUGAUUUUCAUGAUAAUUUGCUGUGUGUUUUGCUUUCUUCAGUGUAUUUAUCGUGAUCGGUUUCGGUUUUGGGUAUACCAAUUCAGAGUCGAUGGGAGCAAAC